AUGUUGUUCAAAUUGUUGAUUGUUUUACCCAGUUUCGUGUUACUGACCAGUGCAAAAGAAUGUAAAUCUGGUCAGAACUGUGAGUUAAGGUGUUGUACCAUACCUGAGGGUGAUGUAAUUUGUCGUGAGAGAUGUUUGGGGUUAUCAUGUGAACUUGAUGUACAUUGUGAUGGCGGCUGGUGUGUAAACUCAACAUGUAGCAGUUGUCUUUUGAAAAGGUUUGUAAAUGUUUAAUUUCCUUUUUAAAACUGAACUGUACGUUUUUGUCCUUCUCUUUGAUAACGUUAUUACGAUGUUAUUAACAGAAAGAUACCCAACGUGUUAAUACGAAAAAUUGUGGAGUCAAUAGAAAUAGUUCACGAACAAAUCGAUUAAAUUUUGGUUCAAUUUGGGUGAAAAUUGCAUGAGAAAUUAGCAAACGUUUGUUUUGCAAGCUGCUCCAUUUACUAUUCGGAAUACUCCGGAUUUUCGGAACACUGAUGGAAUGGAACAGAAGAACCCCGAUUUUCGAGUAGGGGCAGAUAAUUUCGAGUUGGGGCAGAUAAUUUCGAGUAGGGGCAGGGUAAAUAGGAAAUUGCUAUUGGUGGGUUUGACAAAAAUACAAUAAACACGUGACGGUGAAGGACCAUAUUUAUGAAUAAACGUUGACUAACAUAGAUAAUGCAUGAGUUAUAUUGUUAUUCUAAUGAGUUUCCAAACUAUCUAUUCUAUUAACUAUGGUAUUACACUGCAGUAGUGUGAAACUCCUUGAACGAGUUGUUUAGUAGAUAAAAGUAUAUGCACUUAACUCUCCCGCAUGUUACAAACCGAGUGCUUUUCAUAUCUUUCGAAAAUUGAAUUCAAUAAUUGUUUUAUUAUUUAUUUAAAAUAUGGAAAAGACAUGCGCACCUGUAGGUUCAAUUCGUGGAAGUAAUUCACCAGUUCUUUUUCCCAUUUGCGGAAAAUCUUUCCUUUCUCUCAUAAGGACGUUAACAUGUUAGUCAAAACUUACGUGGCUGUUUUCGUUGGUAUUUCUUCUUUACAUUCUAAACGUUGUUUCCUUUAAACCUGCGAACACAUCCGUUACAUUUCGUAUUUGUAUUUCCACAGCAUUACAUCAUAACGUUGAUUAUUUUUUCAUAUCAACACUAUGACGUCAUAACAUUGAAUAUGGUUUUUUCAUGUCAACAUGACGUCAUAAUAUUGAAUAUGAUAUGACGAUUACUUUGUUUAAUGCAUCAGUCAAUUCCAGCUGCGACCAUCCCCCCCCCCCCCUAGGACAAUUCCCGGGCAUUGGUAAAUUUUUUAUUUUUUUCGUGCAAAUGUCCGGGCGGUAGGGCAAAAAAGAAGGAACAAUGCCUCACCCUUGGGACGGAAAAGCAAAACAAAUGCCCCGAGCCGACAAAUUAGUCCAUGUCAAAAAAUGCACUAAAUUAAUCACAUGCGUUUAAAAAAUUUACAUUUAUACGUAUCUCUGUUAAUUAUUCUUUUGGGGAUCAUGACAAGAAGGAAAAUUAUCGUGCUCAUUUCAGAUGAAAACAUCGACGAAAGGCUGUGACACUGACACACUCAGAGGCCGCGGAAGCAUUUCGAAAGUGGAGGGGCAUUGACCAAAAGGGGCACUUUUGUAUAUGACCAAAAUCAAACGAUUUUAUAUCGUUCACGAGCCGAACGAAAAUUUUUGAAAAUAUGGAGGCUCUAUAACGUCGGAAAUGGCCUUUACAGAGUCUUUACUACUGCGAAAAGAGCAAAAUUUACUUUCCAGAAAAAGAGGGCGUUUAUUCAAGAAAUACUUGAAUCUUCGUUCUUUAAAUUAAGCCCAGAAAAAAGGGCACUUUUUUCACUUUUAAAAAGUGGGGUGUCACAUGCCCCCAUUGGCCCCCGGUUCCGCGGCCCCUAGGGGCACACACUUGCUUUUAUUGCAGAAAGUUUUUCAUUGUAAAUACAAUAUAUAUAAUAUGGACUGAAGGAAAUUUUUAAACAUUGAUUCACACUUGAAAACCAACAUUCAACAAUAAUAUAAUAUAAAAUUUGUUUUUAAACGUAUUUACAGACCAUGUAAAGUCUGUUCUGCGCAUACGUUCUGCGCAAGCUUACAUUCCAAUGGUCGGGACCCAAACGUUGGAAUGUUAUUAAUAUUUCGUAUCAUUUGAACUUUCUUGAAUUGAAUCUUUAGUCUGUAUUCAUUUACAAGCAUAGCGAGUCAGAAGAGUGUUAAAAAUUCAGUAUAAUAUAUAUCUAAUCAUAUUUUUCAACUGUAGCACUGAGUUCAAAAUGUAAACAAAGCGUUUGUUUACAUUACGGACUUUACAUGGUCUUUAAAAGUCGUCCAUUUUGGCAUACGACACAGGAAACUCGUGGCCGCGGUCUUUUCUCCGUGAGCGACAAAUGCCCGGGGGUAAUAACCCGACAAAUGCCCGGGGGUAAUAACCCGAUAUUGAUAAAUGCUCCCGGAUGAACACGCAGAUGCAAAUGCCCGGCCGUGGCGACAAGUAAGCGUAAAAAUGCCCCACACUAGUAUUGUCAAAUGCCCCACACUAGUACUGUCCCGGGGGGGGGGGGAAGGAUGCUGCUGGAAUUGACUGAUGCAUAACGCCAGGUGGUUUUACUUGUCAAUUUAAAAGCGAUGAGAAAGUCAAUGAGAAGGUCGUUCCUUCUUGUUUAAAUAAUACUAAAAUAACUUUAGAUAAUUAUUUUACUCUGCUUAACAGAACACAAUUUUACCUGAUGUUUUAUGCAACUUCGUACAAAUUGUUACGUUUUAUUGAUGGAAUGUUUUACCUAACUUUUUUCAUAACUCUUCUAGGCUUUCUUUGACAGGCUCGAAUCCUGUUCGUGGCACAACUCAGCCUACAUCGCAAAAGCCUUCAAGUACAAGCUUAAAAACUACAGAUAGACGAAAAGUAGUAACUGAGGCGAAGGCAAUGGAUCGAGAAGAUGUGACAAGAAACACGUCACCAACAUUAAAACAUGUCAAAACUAACGUUCAUGGCUGUUCGAGGUUUAAUAACCAAUGUGCCAGUAAAUGUUGUAUUGAUGGGAAAUGUGUAGACACUUCUCAAUGUGUACCUGUCAAAGCUGCCCGUGGGGGUAGAGGUGGAGGAAGGAGAGGUGGUGGGGGAAGAAUUUCCAGAGGGGGAGGCGGGGGAGUGAAUGGUUCGCAAACAGGGGGAGGUUCUUUCCCCGGUUGGGCAAUUGCUGUUUUAGUAAUUGGUAUGCUGCUAUUGUUUAUCGGUCCUUUAUUAAUUGUCUUUUGUUGUUAUAAGUGUCAGAAGUAAGAUGAACGUUAGCCUGAGUAUCAGUGGCGAAGCUAGCUAAAUAGGUUAAAAAUUUCUAAAAGUUUGCAUGAUGCAAAUCAUUAAAACUGAUUUGCCUAUCAUGACCUGUUGCUAUGGCCAGUUUCGUCAUUGCUGAGUAUCAGGCUCUCGUUUCCAUCCCUUAAAAUUUAAAUGCGUAUUGCCUGACACAAAUCCCUGUCUGGCUGCAUGUGAAAAAGCCAAAAUCCGUGACAUUUCACUUGAUUGGUUAGUGCUAAAUAGAUUAUACUAUUUCUCAUUGAUAUGUUUAGUAGGUUUAACUAUAUUAAAUUAGAUUGUUUUAAUUUGUUUACUUAUUAUUGUUGUGUACAUAAUUGACAUUUCUCCAUGCAGGGACAUUUUGAUUGGAAACUAAAUAUAAACUAUGUGAAGUGCGAUAGGAUUAAAGUUUGUGUCAGGCUCUGUUUGUAAAUCAAACAUGCAUUUUUUGGCUUUUGGUCUUGUGCGAUAAGUUUGUUCGGAUCAUUUAAUUUCAACUUGCAGCGUAUUAGACUUUGCCAUGAGCGCGGCUGAGCUCGUUUCAAUGUGUGGCAUAUGGGCCACGUAUUUUGCCAUGAGAUAAUUUCAACAUGUGGCGUAGGAGAGAUGUCUUGCCAUCAGAUUGUUUCAACAUGUGACGUAUGAGUUAUUUUGUCUUGUGAUAUAAUUUCAAUAUGUGGCGUAUAAUAUGCGCUGUUUUGCCAUGAGAUAAUUUCAACAUGGGGCGUAGGAGAUGCCAUCAGAUUGUUUCAACAUGUGACGUAUGAGUUCUUUUGUCUUGCAAUAUAUUUUCAAUAUGUGGCGUAUAAUAUGCGCUGUUUUGCCAUGAGAUAAUUUCAACAUGUGGCGUAUGAAAUAUUUGCCAUGAGAUAAUGUCGCAUGUGGCGUAGGAGAGAUUUUGCCAUGAGAUUAUUUCAACAUGUGGCGUACGAGUUAUUUUGCCAUGAGUUCAUUUCAAUAUAUGGCGCAUGCGCUUUUUUACCUGGAGAUGAUUUCAGCAUAUGGCCAUGCUUAUGAGAUCCUGCCAACACCGCGGAAAACGUCUGCGCAUGCACCAAAUUAUGAAAAUAUGGCGGGGAAUUUGAAUAUCAAAUUCUAAAACAAAAACAUGCUUAUUAAUUGGUCAAAAAUUAGUAAAACAAACGAGAAAAUAUAGCAAAUGGGUAGACUAGACAUUAAUUGAAAGCGUCCUGGCAUUUAAAGUAUGGAAUGAAAUAUAAUUCAUGUAAAAAUUGUUGAUUUUAACGGACACGACUUCGAAAAUUUUUGCAAAAUUAUUCAAAACAAAAAUUCAAACUCAAAAGUUAAGAAAACUCUCGAAAAGUUAAGCUUCUUAACCCGCUCAAAUUGUAGAAUAAAUCCUAAAGUUUAAUUAUUGUGAACACGAAAAUUUUUUAUAUUUGGCGACACAGUUUUUUUUUAAGAAAUGUAUCUCAAACGAAAAUUCGGAAAUUGUCGUUGCUUAGUUGAUAAACAAAAUGUUUCAGACGAUAAAUUUGUCAACAAUCACCUUUAGUUCAUGUUCUUGUACAAUACAAUUUCUUGAACCUUCUGGCUGUAUUUAUUCCUAGUUUUUAGAAUGACAUGUUUAUUUUUGCGCUCAAAAUCUGGCUGUAAAGACGCACAAUAAAGUCACUCCUUUUUACCGCCAUUUUGAGCGUUCAGAACAGCUUCUCAUCAAGUUCGCAAUACUAUUACAGGUAAGGUUGACGCAUGCGCAGACGUUUUUCCGCGGUGUUGAUCCUGCCAGGCUAUAAUUUCAGCGUUUCAUGGUGUACGCGAUUUUGUCAUGAGAGAAAUUUAACAUGCGAUGUGUGCAAUCUGCCAUGGAUAAUUUCAGCAUGUUGCGAAAAAUAUUUUGCACCAGACAAUUUUACUUGUCCCUUGUGAGAUUUUUGCCGUGAGUUUAUUUCAACAUGUUUCGCUUUUCACUAGCUAUUUGAAUCCAUUGACCCCUAUUUCUUAGCGGUUAAUUUUACUCUCUCUCGAGUUUUUACCGGGAUGUUCGAGCAGUGAAAAGGGAGUCUAAUUCCCCAGUCGGAUUAUUAGUAAAUUAUUGGCCAGCCCCAGCCUCCUCGUUGCUACGACCAUGUUUUAAUCAAUUGAUUUGAAGGCUUCGGGAAUGUAAGCUUUGAUGAAUUCCCCAUGUUUUGGCUAAAAUGUUUGGCAGUUUUGCCCAGAUAUUGUUAUCAUCGGUGUAUCAUAUAAAUAUCAACUGGUUAUCUUUCUUGAUAACAGGCCGUCUCAUUUUCUCAGCUGGUGCAGAGAAUUACCCUUUUGGAGAGCCAGCAGAAACCGGACAUAACUGCUCGAAUAAAAUCAUUGACUUCAUAUGGAAUUAGAAAAUUGGUGGAUUUUGAUCAAUAUACUGCUAUUUCUAUGGUUGAAGCCCUAGCUAACGAAGCCGAGCAAGGGCAUCAUGAAAAGGCGUCUUUCUUUAACGUUGCUCUUCUCGCGUUGAUAGCCUGCGUGCAGCCUGACUUUAAAUGGGGAGAAGUCAGUCUGCGAAUCAGGGAACAAUACCGUGUUCGCGCCAUCUUUUGAAUUGCAUGGAUUUCUGUAUUCAAACGUGAUUGGCUAUUGCUUAGAAGCCUAAAAAACGCGCUACGAUUGGCCAUUAAUUCGUUAAUAGAUUCAGUUCAACAAAAUAAUAUAUUUAGCAAAAUGGCAUCUUGGGAAACUCAAUGAGAUCCCUUUCAAAUCUUUUGUACGGGUUUGUGCAUAAAUUACACACAAUAUUGCUCUUUGUGUUUUUGUCCGCCAUUUUUUUCAUUCUGGAAUGUUGUUUGAACCAAAUACAUAUUAACGAAUUGGCCAAUCGUAGCGCGUGUGUUAGGCUUUUGAGCAAUAGCCAAUCACGUUUGAAUACAGAAAUCAAUGCAAUUCAAAAGAUGGCGCGAACACAGUAUUGUUCCCUGAUUCGCAGACUGACUUCUCUCCAUUUAAAGUCAGGGUGCACGCAGGCUACGCGUUGAGAGACCGAAUCGAUAAGCCUAAAGGCGUAAAACCCUGGGCACACUAUAGGAAACAUUGUUGCGGAAACAUUUGUGAUUUCGGUGAUGUUUACUCAAAUGUUUCCCUGUUUGCCCACCCAUGGAAACAUUGUUGCGGAAACAAUUGCUUCCCUGGAAUCAAAAAUGUCUCCUACCAAAUUCAGAAACAUUUGAUGUUUCCCAAGUGUAUUUUUUGUUGUGAAAACAUUGUUUCCCUGUUUGUCCAUAUGUUUACAGCGAGUGUGGAAAGAUACCGAAACAGUGAAGUUGGAAGGUUUGUAUGAAGCAAGAAACUGUGGGAUGUCCGGUAAUGUAAAAUACUUAAACUGAGACGAAAAAGAGAAGGUUUAUGGAGUUAUGCUCAGAUUGACAACGAGUUGAAGGAAUUUGGCAUUGACGGAGAAGAAUACAAGUACAAAUGGAAGAUAAUAAGGGGCCAGUUAACCGACGACUAAUUUACCCUGAGCGCUAAUGUUCCUCACUGAUGUUUCCUAGUGUUUGCCCACUGUGGGAAACAUGGCGAAAUCUUGGCAGGAAACAAUGUUUCCGCAACUAUGUUCAUCCUAGUUUGCCCAGGGCUUAAGGCGCUGUUUCACGAGUAUUUUGUGGCACUGUUCUCCGACGAUGAUUAUACUAAAGUUCUAGACUCGACUACCGAAGUCGAUAAGUCCUUUAAAACAUUCAAACCACCCGCGGUUAACAGCUCUAUGAAUCCCACACCAUGCUGCACCUGUUCCCCGGCGUCCUCGCAACCUCUCUGCAACUUGUUUUUCUGUGGUCUACCCGGUCAUAUUGCCGCUCGCUGUUUCAGAAUACUAAUGUCUUGCAUUGCCCUUUGCCAGCUUGAUUCAGCGCUCGUAAAUUACCAAACAAAAAACUCUUUUAGUGCUAAGUAAUACUUCAAAGAUAAUUGCUUCAGACCAUCCAUUUACCACUUGUUUUUUUUUGUUAUGUCAAUGUAUUUUCGAUAAAUAACCACGCACUAGCUGAAAACUCAAUGAUUUGUGGUGAAAUUUUGAAGUAAAUGUAAGCCUGAUCAGAACCGUAAGUUAAAGAUGUUGUUCCACAUCACCCCGUUGAAUAUUAUGUCAAAACUCCACGUUUGGUCAGCCAAAAAGUGAUAUGAAAUGGCCAUAGAGUAAAUUCAGGUUAACCCCUUCGUAUUGCCUUAACUUUUUCUCGAUUAUUAAUUUGUGCCACUUUUGAUAAAGUAAAAAAGUGGUCAUAGGCUGAUAAGCAUAGUGUGAUGGUUAGAGAUUAUCAUGAAAUCAAUUUAAAGCUUACGCAUUUGCUUUUUUGCCAUUUUUGGUAACUAUUUGACGAAUUGAAAAACUAGCGAAAAAUGGUGAAAAAGUUAAGGGGUAAGCCGUAGAUUUUUCCCGAAUUUUCUAAUUAAAUUUGCAAACCCCUUAACGUAAUCAUGAAAUAAACUUAAGGCUUAUCCCUUUGCUUUUUCGACAUUUUUUGACACUUUGAAACUUGGAAAAGUGGCGCAAAAUGGACAAAAAUUUAAGGAGUAAGUCAGCAAGCUAGCACUUACUCGAAUUUGCGAGUUUGAGAAAAAAUGGACAAUAAAUUAAGGUGUAUUGUUAUUUUAAAAUAAGCUUUAUUUGCAUGACCUAGUUAGAUGUAUUGCUAAGCAUAAUCGUAAAUAUAUAAAAGUUAACUAAUAUAAGAACUACUUUAACCAACAAAAAACAAGUGAAUAUACUGCUAUCUACAUGUAUAAUAUUAAAAGUAAAAGAGUAGAUCAAAUACUGAAAUAGGAAGGAUAACAAAUACAAAAUUUCUGGUUUAAGGACUGUUGUCUCUGAUAUAAAAACAUUUCGAAAUAUGCUUCCAGAAUAGAUCCGUUAUCACAGGGUCAUUCAAUUAUGACAUAAGAUCACUUAAUAAUUUUCUCUUUAAUUCAUUGGUGACGUUCUUUUGGAAAUAGUCCUUCAGGAUGUUGUGCGAGUUAUUUCGCAAAUUCUCGUUUUAUUACAUUCGAAUGCAAAGUGAAAUUUGUCUUCAACUGCACGUUUGUCCCCUAGCCGACGGCGCGAAGCGCCGUGCGAGGGUACUAAUUCCCCCCUGCUAUUUACACCCGGAGAAACGAAAGCAUUAGCCAAGUCUAAAGUUCAUCAAUGAGCGCGGGCGUGGGUUACCGUGACUGGUUCGGUGGUUGGUGGGUGGCCAUCCUCACUGAUCUCAAAAAUAUGGCGGACUAUCAUGAAUAGUUGACACUAGCCCCGUUUACACUACACUCAUUUUUGGCACCGCACUCUUAAAUAAUGGCAUGCGGAGCAAAUUUUUAGGCGUGGGAAAGGCUAUUUUCGUGAGCCGCAAAUGGUAAAUAUUUGUACAUUUGAAAUGUGAAAUGCUUGAUUUUAGUGUCAUCAAAUGUGAUUUGUUCUACAGCCGUGAGGCGUGAUUGUUGAUAAAACUGCUCCGUGAAAUGAGAAUUAAAGAUGCCUGUUUCGUGAACUGUGAUUAUUAUAGUGAUUAUUAUAAUAAACAUGAUAAGCGAUAAUCAAAUUUAUAUGUGAGGACAAGGUUUCUGGCGGUGAGGACAAGGUUCCUGGCGGUGAGGACAAGGUUUCUGACUGUGAGGACCAGGUUUCUGGCGGUGAGGACAACGUUACUGGCGGUGCGAACAAGGUUCCUGGCGGUGAGGACAAGGUUCCUGGCAGUGAGGACAAUGUUUCUGGCGGUGAAGACAAGGUUACUGCCGGUGAGGACAAGGUUCCUGGCGGUGAGGACAAGGUUCCUGGCGGUGAGGACAAGGUUCCUGGCGGUGAGGACAAGUUUCCUGGCGGUGAGGACAAGGUUUCUAACUGUGAGGACCAGGUUUCUGGCGGUGAGGACAAGGUUACUGGCGGUGAGGACAAGGUUCCUCGCGGUGGCGGUGAGGACAAUGUUCCUGGCGGUGAGGACAAGGUUCCUGGCGGCGAGGACAAGGUUCCUGGCGGUGAGGACAAGGUUUCUGACUGUGAGGACCAGGUUUCUGGCGGUGAGGACAAGGUUACUGGCGGUGAGAACAAGGUUCCUGGCGGUGAGGACAAGGUUCCUGGCGGUGAGGACAAUGUUCCUGGCGGUGAAGACAAGGUUACUGCCGGUGAGGACAAGGUUCCUGGCGGUGAGGACAAGGUUCCUGGCGGUGAGGACAAGGUUCCUGGCGGUGGUUGA